UCCAUCAGAAAGAUAGCCAACCUACAAAGAAUCUCCACCAUGCUGACACAGAGACGUCUUCGGUUAUUGGGUCACAUCUUGCGCAUGGAUGAGUGUCGUCUACCAAGGAAGCUUUUGGUGUGUGCAUCACCCCAAGGUAGACGUUCAGUCGGAGGCCAGAGAAUGAGAUGGAACGAUUUAGUACUGAGGGAUUUAAGGAAUUGCAAUCUUGAUGGGGUUUGGAGGAUACUAACAGACGAUAGGAAUGAGUGGAGGAAUCAGAUCUGGGCUGCCACACAGAAAGUAAAUUUCAAGAAGAAAGAACAAGAGAAAUACCGCAAGGAUGAGCAGAAACGUCGCCACGAAGCAAGGCAAACGACAUCAGAGUUUGCUUUACACUGCAGCUCUGAUGGUUGUGGUUUUACUGCUGUAAAUCAUGCCGGCCUUGUAAACCACUAGAGACAGAAACAUGGUCAGUCCCUGACUAGUCAAUGUCAGUACUGUCAUCAAACAUUCCGCCAACAAGGCCUCCACAACAACGAGCAUUUCUGCUGUCAGAACAUCCACUCCUCCGAUAUAGCCUAUGGUGACUUUGGCCUGCAUCGUUUCUCAUUGGAAUGAAUGCAGCGUGAAGUGAAGUGAAGUGAAG